UCACAAAAACUUCUCUCUUACCAACAAGUUGUGAAAUGUUGCCAGUUCAUCCGCCAGUGUUGAUCGACGGAGGCGUGAGAUUCAAGAAACCGAGAAAUCAGUAGGUUUAUCUGGAAUAUAUGCCAGCGCGCGCUGCGCGUAAAGUUAUACGUUCUUCAGCUUACGUUUCUCCAGCGAGGAUUUUAAAAUGUCCAAGGAGCCGGAUAAAACUAGUUCUGGGACAGAAAGCUCUUUUAUCGGCGAUGCAGACUCUGAUUCACCGUCCUCUCCAUCAGUGUCCGACGAACAAGGGUCGCAAACCGGCACCGGCAACCGGGCGGACAGCGAGGAAGACGCCCGUUUCCCCCCGUGCAUCCGAGAUGCCGUGUCGCAGGUUCUCAAAGGCUACGACUGGUCCCUGGUGCCGAUGCCUAUGCAGGGUAGCAGGUCUUUGAAAGACAAGCCUCACGUCAAGAGACCCAUGAACGCGUUUAUGGUGUGGGCGCAGGCUGCGCGCAGGAAGCUGGCGGAUCAGUACCCGCAUCUGCACAACGCCGAGCUCAGCAAGACCCUGGGCAAGUUAUGGAGGCUGCUCUCUGAGAGCGAGAAGAGGCCAUUUGUGGAAGAAGCAGAGAGACUGCGACUCCAGCACAAGAAAGACUAUCCGGAUUAUAAGUACCAGCCACGGAGACGGAAGAGCCUGAAGCCGGGUCAGAGUGAACUGGACGCGGGAGCUGAGAAGAUCCAUCAUCCAUCGGAUCAAAUGUACAAGACGGAAGCGGGAAUGAGAGGGAUGCACAAUCAACCGGUCCAUGGUGUUCAAGCGCACGGCCCUCCGACGCCUCCAACCACCCCGAAGUCCGAUCAGCAUCAAAGCGCGAAGCGUGCCACGGAAAACACGAGACAGAACAUCGACUUUAGCAACGUGGACAUAUCGGAGCUCAGCAGCGACGUCAUCGGCAGCAUGGGCCCGUUCGACGUGCGUGAGUUCGACCAGUACCUGCCGUUAAACGGCCACACCGAGAACAACGGCGGGCAGCACUCCAGCCCCGGCUGUUUCAGCGCGUCCUAUCACCAUCACGGCAGCGUUUCGGCAUGGAACAAGGCGUCCGGGUCACCGUCCACAUCCUCGCAUAACCAGUCGAGCCAACAAAGGCCGCUCAUUAAAACAGAACAAUUGAGUCCUUCUCAUUACGGAGAGUCUCACGGGUCGCCGACCCAAUCUGAACUGAGUGACUGUCCUGACAUGCAGAACUCGACGUACUUCACCACAUUUUCUGGGUAUCCUGCUGGUAUUUAUCAAUAUCCGUACUUCCAUUCCUCCAGGAGAUCAUACGUGACUCCUGUUCUCAACAGUUUGUCCAGUCCAUCUCAUAGUCCCGGUGCAAACUGGGAGCAACCGGUUUACACGACUUUAACGCGCCCCUGAUGCCAUCGUGAGAAUUAUGGGACUUUGUGGCAUAUGAAGACAUUUGCUGAUACUUUAAGAUGUUUUAUCUUGCCAUUUCUGGUCAUUUUGACCUUUAGAUUUUCUGGAAACACUUUACAAAGGUCUCAUUUGUUAACAUUAAUUAAUGCAUUCGCUAACAUCUUUGUUAACUUUAUUAGUAAAAUCGAAUUGUUCAAUGUUUGUUCAUGUUAGUUCACAGUGCUUUAACAAAUGUUAACAAAUACAACUUUAGAUUUUAAUAAUGUUUAAAUUACCAUUGACUAAUGCUUUAGAAGUAUUUUCAUUGUCAGUUCAUGUUAACUAAUGUAGUUAACUAAUGUUAACAAAUGCAACCGUUAUUGUAAAGUGUUACUGAUUUUCCUGACGAUUUUUGGGCUCACUUUUCAAUAUUGAAUGUUUUGUGUUUAUACUAUGGUCUGGAUAAAAGUGUUUUUGUUUUGUUUGUUUGUUUUUUUGAGGGGGGGGGGGGGAUGCAAUAGACUGAUUUCUCUCGUCGAUAUUCCAAACGCUAUUUAAAUGCAAUCAUGUCUUUUUUGCUAAAUGCAAUUAAAAUGUAAAAUGAACGAAUGUGAAAUUCUGCCUGAUGUCUUUACUAUUGAGAAAGGCCUAGUCUUAACUGUCAAGCUAGCGAGAUAACUUAGAUUACAGUCCGAAAUGAAGCUACUAUGUGAGCUUAAUCUAAAUAUUGGAGAGAUGCUAGUAUAAAACAGAGCCUUUACAAAGCCAAGAUACAGCGAGGGAGAGCAGAAAGAGAGAGGGCUGAUUCUGAAUGACAGUGUCUCAAAGGGCUCUUUGUUUUCAUUAUAAAAGAGGCAUUAAUUAAGGGAGGGAACAAAACAAAUACAAAGCAGAAAAUCAUUACCACUGCCGUUACAUGAAAGAAGAGCACAAGAACAGACGCUACCCUCUGCUAUUUGGAUAAACAGCAACAAAAGCAGCAGAAAAUGCAUAAAUUGACUGCAGGAUAAGAGAAUAAGUUCUUCAUGCUGUGGAAAUGAGCCAGUGAUUUCAAAGCAGAUGGGUGUGGGUGGACUAGGACUUAUUUUCCUUUCACUACAUUUUAUUACAUUGAUGAUUUCGAAGUGGAGAAUGUAAUUAGUGUUGACAUGUACAGCACGCAUCAUUUUACUUGCGGACAUUAUUGGGUCUUAAAACUGGACGGUACACAGUAAGCACUACAAGGUUACGAUUUUCAUUCCUAACGUAAUUAUGAUGGUGUAUUAUGUUCAGUUGUUAUUGUAUUCAGAUUUUGGGGCACUGAUUUCACUCUUAGAUUUGUGUGUUUUUUUGUCAUUGUGAUCUAUAUUGGAAGAGUCAUAAACAAUGACAAAAAAAGAAGUAAACAAACAUUCACGCUGAGCUAUUUAAGAGACCCCCAGAUAAAGACAACUU